AUGAAAGAGGCCCGUAAGGGACCCUGCGUUCCCUGGCAGCAAAAUUACGCCCGCUGGCAGCACACAACACCUGUCAAUCAUGUAACGGUCAUGAUUGCUCUUGAUACAAUGAACAAAGAUCGUGGAGCCCCUUGCUUGGUUCCCGGAAGCCACCGGUGGCGAGAGGGCGGAUUGCUUCCUUCUGUUCCCUACGAUCCCGCCAAGGACGAGGCACAGCAGUUAAACACCAUUUGGGAAAUCACCAACGAGGAAGAGAGCGAAAUGCUCAUGGACACACCUCCAGCGACGGUGGACAUGAAGCGCGGCGAGGCCCUUCUCAUUCAUCCUCUGACACUUUUCGCUACGCACGGAAAUCGCUCGCUGGACGCCGUGCGCUGCUGUUUUAUACAUUACAUGGGCGGUAAGACGUACGCAACCCAGAACGGACCGCUGCUGCCACACACCACUCAAUUCCAGGCGGGCGCUAUGAUUCAGGGGCCGUUCUAUCCGGUGGUUUUCGACCCCGCGAUGACAGAGGAGCUGGCAAUGUUGCCCGGGGAAUCCGCGGCACAGAACGACAUCACCGAAGAGGUGUAG